GCUCGGAGCAGCCAGCCAUGGCCGGCGUGCGGGAGAAGGCGGCAGCUUUGAAUCUCUGCGCUGUGUACAGCCCGGCUAACAAGCCCCCGGGUUUCAGCUUAGCACAAAAGCCAUUUGGAGCAACAUAUGUAUGGAGCAGCAUCAUCAAUGCACUUCAGACUCAAGUGGAAGUGAAAAAGCGGCGACAGAACCUGAAAUGCUAUAAUAACUGUUUUAUUGGCUCUGAUGCAGUGGAUGUCAUCUUUGCUCACCUCCUCCAGAACAGAUAUUUUGGGGAUGUAGAUAUUUCCCGUGCUAAAGUAGUGCGAGUGUGUCAAGCACUGAUGGAUUACAAAGUGUUUGAGGCAGUUUCAACUAAAGUCUUUGGAAAAGACAAACGGUCUGUGUUUGAAGAUAGUAGCUGCAGCUUCUAUAGAUUGACAAAUGUACCUACCCCAGAAGACAGUCCAUUUGAAAAAGAAUACGGGCUUUGUACCCAUCAAAGACUUGAGAAAAUGGCAUUUAAUUCUCCUCCAGUCAAGUCAGAAAGCUUAGAAGAUCUCUGGGAAAACUUGAGUCUAAAACCUGCUAACGCUCCCGAAGUAAACCUCUCUGCAAGUUUGUCUCGUCAAGUUAUUAAUGAAGUAUGGCAAGAACAAACAAUUGCUCGUCUGCUGCAGCUUGUGGACCUUCCACUUCUUGACUCUUUACUUGAACAUCAAGGGGUUAGGUCCAAGCUUCCCCAACCCAAGAAGGAGGCGGGAUACAUCAUCACAAGCAACUACAUAGACAGAGAAAUUCUCAAGGCUUUCAGUGACUCUCAGACUGAUGAAUGGCUCUCUGCAGCAAUCGAUUGCUUGGAAUAUCUUCCAGAUCAAAUGGUGGUGGAUAUAAGCAGAAAUUUGCCUAGUCAACCUGAUAAAGCAGACACAUGGAAACUACUGCUGUUUGAUACCAUUGGUAGAUACUACAGCCAAAAGAAGGAGCCACUGUUAAGCCAUGCGUCUGACAUCCACGCAGGAAUUGCAGAGCUGUUGGUGAAUGGAAAGACAGAACAGGCUUUAGAAGCAAUUCAGCUCUACUUGAAGCUUUUGGAUAGUCAAACUAGAGAGGAGUUUAGGAGGCUGUUGUACUUCAUGGCUAUUGCAGCACAUCAUUCUGAGUUCAAGUUGCAGAAAGAGAGUGACAACAGGAUGGUUGUAAAAAGAACAUUCUCUAAAGCUAUUGUCAACAAUAAAACUUUAUCCAAAGGAAAAACUGACCUCCUAAUUUUGUUCUUGGUGGACCAGCAAAAAGACGUUUUAAAGAAAAUAUUUGUAUUUUCUACUCUCUUGUUCAAGAUCCCAGCAACAUUACAUAAAAUGGUUAGUGAUAAGCUGAUGGCUGUACAACAAGGACAAGAUCCUAGUAAGGAUACAGGCUACACCUUCUGCCAGAAACUUGAUCAAAGUGAAUAUCACCACAGUGUACAGAAGACCACAAAAGCUGAGCUGUUAUCUUUGCUAAAAACUAUUGAUGAAGAUACAAAAAUCUCUGCCAAGGAGAGAAAGAAACUGUUAGGUCAAUUUCAUAGUAGCAAUCCAACUAUUUUCAUGCAAUAUUUUGGUGAUAGAGUUACUAAUAUGUGUGUGUAAUUUAAAAUUAAAGAAAUGUAAUCUGUACAAUAGUUUAUAUUAAUAUGUCUUUUUAAAAGAUUUUGUAUUCAUCCACAUAAUAAAAUUAUU